CAAAAACGCGGGGGGUGAGGUGGCAGGCGACACCAGGAACUACCUAUGGUGAGCAUACAAGCGAGAGAGAGUGGCGGCUGACUGGCGCGCGAGACAGCCAGUGGAAAUUCGACAGGCAUAGGUUGCAUAGUGAUUGCGGCUUUUAUGGGGAAAUUGCAAAGAAGUCGGAAAGAAGGGCAAGCAGGCAGCGAGAGAACUCGCGUCUUGCCUGUUUCACCAGAGGUGCGUUGCUCGUUCGCCUGGUCACCUAUCAGCAGAUUCGAUUGCUGAUCGCUAUUCAGAGACCGUAGGUGGGACUGGAGGGUUCCUGGCAACGCUCCUGGCACGAAUGGGGGCGCUGUGCAAACACAGACAGGACACCCACCCGGUUGCCACAACGGCUAUCACACCUCCACUGUUUCCGGAACACUGAUACGCACACAGUAGCACCUCUGCUGGCCCGAGUCAGAACAUUUUUUCCCGACCUUUUCUUCUUGUUCCUCCGUCUCCGUCGUACCCAGGAAGUUUUCCCUGUCGGCGCCCUUUGUCUCGCUUAGAGCCUCGGUGCCGCUUACGACUGCCCCUUUUCUGAAGUCUCCAUCAUGCGAGCCGGGUUUUCGUUUGCUCUGUUGGCAGUCGGCCUUUUGGCCACUGCCGUGGUGUACUCCGCAGCGGAGGAGGAAGCUGUGACUGUAUUGACUGCCUCUAACUUCGAUGACACUCUGAAGAACAACGAGAUUGUCCUGGUCAAAUUCUACGCGCCUUGGUGUGGCCACUGCAAGAGGAUGGCGCCCGAGUACGAGAAGGCUGCCAAAACACUGAAGGAGAAGGGGUCUAAGAUUGUGUUGGCUAAGGUCGAUGCCACCAGCGAGACGGACAUCGCCGACAAACAGGGUGUUCGCGAAUACCCAACUCUCACCCUCUUCCGCAAGGAGAAGCCAGAGAAGUACACUGGCGGCCGCACGGCGGAAGCAAUUGUUGAGUGGAUCGAGAAGAUGACCGGCCCCGCGGUGACUGAAGUGGAAGGCAGCGCUGAGGACAAGGUUACGAAGGAGGCACCGAUUGCCUUCGUUGCUGAGCUCGCGUCUAAAGACAGUGAUAUGGCGAAGCUGUUCGAGGAAGUCGCCAACGAGUCCCGCCAGCUGGGAAGGUUCUUGGCUAAGUACGGCGCCUCGGACGAGAAGAUCUACUCCCUUCGCUACGAGGAGGGCACUGAAGCCUUCACAGGCAAGACCAAGGACGAGCUGAAGAAGUUCGUUGACACUGAGUCCUUUCCUCUUCUUGGGCCCAUCAACGCGGAGAACUUCCGCAAGUACAUCGACCGCGAUUUGGACCUUGUGUGGCUCUGCGGUACCGAGAAGGACUUCGAUGAGGCCAAAACCGCUGUCCGCGAAGCUGCCAAGAAACUCCGUGACACCCGCUCCUUCGUCUGGCUUGACACUGACCAGUUCAAGGGCCACGCUGAGAACGCCCUGGGCAUCACCGAAUUCCCUGGCCUUGUUUUCCAGUCCAAGAAGGGACGCUUCGUGCUCCCUGAGGCAACAACCUCCCUGAAGGACGCUGCUAAGAUCAGUCAGUUCUUUGAUGAUGUCGAAGCCGGCAAGAUCGACCGAUCCCUGAAGUCUGAGCCUGUCCCGGAGAAGCAAGACGAAGCCGUCAAGGUUGUCGUCGGAAAGAACUUCGAAGAGAUGGUCAUCCAGAAGGACAAGGAUGUGAUGCUGGAGAUCUACGCCCCGUGGUGCGGCUACUGCAAGAGCUUCGAGCCCAUCUACAAGGAGUUCGCAGAGAAGUACAAGGAUGUCGACCACCUUGUUGUUGCCAAGAUGGACGGCACUGCCAAUGAAACGCCUCUGGAGGAAUUCAGCUGGUCCAGCUUCCCCAGCAUCUUCUUCGUGAAGGCUGGCGAGAAGACCCCCAUGAAGUUCGAGGGCUCCAGAACCGUCGAAGGCUUGACUGAGUUCGUCAACAAGCACGGUUCCAAGCCGCUCAAGAAGGACGACAAGGGUGAAGAACUGUAAAUUGUUGAUCGUAUCAGUCUGUUCCGUUUCAUGUGUUCGUAACAAUGUUCGUACAUGAGCGGUUGAAACACGGAAGCCCUGUUUGGCUCAUGUUUCCGUCAAUAUAACCCGACAGUAAAUUGUUCUGGCAAACUUUCGAUACAUGCAUGUCAUCGGUUACGCCGGUGCCGCCAAGGCAAACGCGAAGUUGUAAAUACGGACACCGAAGCUUACCGUUCGUCACUUCACUGUACCGCUCAAUCUUAUCACAAGUAACCGGUAUUGCUCUCGGCACGCUGGUGAGAAGACCGCGGCGCCAUGAAGUUGCAGGUUGUGUGGCGUCGUGUUUCUGCUGCGUCAGUAGAUCCGAUCAGUACAAAACAGCCGAAAAUUGGAUUAAUUCUUCAGGAUAUCGACGAGGAUGUUGGGGCUGCACGGUUCUCAGAACUUCAGUGUAUAUACAGGUCGUCGCCCUGUAGCAACACAUCAAUGGGACCUGCAGGCAUGCAGGUGUUUGGUUUCU